AUGAAUAAAACCGUGCAGGUACGUGACGCACCCCUGUAUCCAGAUGUGAGUUGUUGCUCUGCUUCGUUUGUUACAGUCGCGUCGCACAGAGAGCUGACGCAGGAAGAGUGGAUCGAGGGCAGGCGUGGCGAGCGCGCGAGCGAGUUUGCGCCGCCGUCUGACUACGGCGGCGCCACCUACGCCGCGCAGCAGCCGAAGAAGCGCGGCCGGCCGAAGAAGCAGGCGGCGUCGUCGUCGUCGUCACCGCCCGCCGCGAAAAUGUCGAGGCUGUCGCAGGAGCGCGCCGCCGACUUUGCCAAAGCUCAGCACCAGGUGGCGCUGGAUGCCGCGCCGCGGCCGGGCCUCGACCUCGACGAGUCGGCCGUCUCUUCGGGCGACCCGCUGCUGGAACACGUGUGGUCCUUUCAGCCGGAGACGAAACUCAAUGCUCACAACUUCGGCGGCGGCGGCGGGGCCGGCCUCUCGCCGCAGAUCCCCGAGUGCAUGAACAACUCGGGCGACGACGAUAUCUCGGACCACCUCGAGGCUGAGCUGCUGGACGGCGACCACCGCCAGCUGCCCUACCUCUCUGCGCCGCCGAAGCUCGAGGCGCCCUGGAAGGAGAUGCCGCCGCCGCGGCCCUAUCCGCUGCCAGAGGUCGCCACCUACCCGUACACGCGCACGGCGAUGCCCUCCCGCCUGCUCGGCAGCGCGACCGAUAGCGAUGGCGACAAGGGAGCGGCGGGUGGCGGCAGCGGCGACGCGGAGGGAGACGUGAAGCCGCUGCAGAGCGUCAGCCUCCCGGAGCCGACGACCCGGCCUCUGCACCACAUGCCGUCGAACGGCACGAAGGCCGGGCCCGGCUUAUCCGGCCUAGGCGACUCGACGGGCAGCGACGACCCAGCGGCGGUGGCGGGUCUCGUGACCUCGCAGGUCAUGUCGCAGCCGAGCGGGGACCGCUCCGCGGCAGCGGCGUACGGCGCCACGACGAACGGCGUCGCCGGCGGCAACGACGAGCGUUUAGGCGGUCUCGAGCUGUCUCGCAGCGAGACGCCGCCCGUCUCGGCGAUUCCGACCACCGAGCCGCUGCCGGCGUCGUCGGCCGCGCCGCCCCCGCCGCCGCAGCCGGACUGGUCCGGCGAGAUGCCGAUGCGGUUGAGCGUGCCGUUCCCGAUGAUGCACGGCCAGUGGCCGUUUCCGACGCCGCCGGGCUACGUCAGCUCGAUCCCGCCGCUGUCGAUGAUCAUUCCGCCGUACUCGAGCAACUCGAUGAGCCAGCUGCUGCCGGGCAUGGCGUGCGCGCAGGCGUCCGGUGACGACGCCGCCGCCUCCGCCGUCGUCGUCGCGCAGCCUGAGCAGACCGCCGUCGUCGCCGUGACGAUGCCGACGGCCUGCGUCGCCGCCGCGGAGCCGGCGAAGCUCGCGACGAAGCUGCCCAGCUUCUCGUCGCUGUUCUCGCCGCGCGUCUCCGUCGUGGCUGCCGCGGACGCGACGGCGGGGGGGUUGCGCGAGCCGCACGUCGUCAUCACGGUGGCGGACGUCGCCGGCGCGAUGACGGCGCCGCCGCAGCAGUCGGUUGCUGCGGUCGUGCCCGUGCAGGUGAAGCAGCUGGUCGUCGACGGCGGCAGGGGCGGCGUCGCGCGCGCGCACCAGCCGAGCCUCGCCGUGCAGUUCGGGCAGGUGCAGUCGACGCAGCCGAUGGCGGCCGUCAUCCUGCAGCCUGCGUCGAGCGCGGCCGAGCAGCAGCAGGGGGGCGGCAUGCUCACGCCGGUCGUCACCGUGCACCACCAGCCGCAGAUGAGCAGCUCCUACCUGGUGCACUCGCCGCCCGUGCGGCCGCACUCCGCCCCGCAGACGCAGAACGCGCGCAGCCCGCAGGUGCGCCGCAGCGGCCCGAGCCCGAAGCCGGUGCCCGACAGCGACCCCGCGGUCAUGGAGCGCGUUCAGAACAUCCUCGCGCAGUACCGGCAGGCGGUGACUGACCUUGGCGAGCAGGCGAACACGCCCGCGCCGCGCCGCAAGUAG